AUGCCGCCAGCUAAAGACCGCGCCGUCGCAGGCUCGCUCCUGCUCUCGAUCCUAUCGUGCACGGUCUACAGUGUCAUGUCCAACGUCAUGGUGCUCACGAACCGGUACUUGCUGGGGAAGAAGUACUACGGCUUCGACGAGAAGUUCUUUGUCGUGGCUGUGCAAGCCGCUGUAGCUGUGCUGGUGCUGGAGCUCGCCAAGAUGCAGAAGAUCGUGUCCUACGACGCGUACGACCGCAACGUGGCCCGCAAGUGGGCGCCCGUCACGUUCUUCUUUGUAGCCAUGUUGUACACUGGCAUGCAGGCUACCGCUGGCCUCCCUAUCCACAUUGUGACAGUCUUUAAAAACGUCACCAACAUCAUCAUUGUGGUUGGCGAGUGGCGCCUCUUCAACGAGCGCGUCGGACGUCUCGUGAUCGUGAGUCUGUGCAUCAUGCUCCUUGGCGCUGUCAUGUCUUCGUACAGCGAUAUGGGCGGUAUGGCUACGCCGUCCACGCUUUCCGGGUACUUUUGGAUGUUUCUCAACUGCCUGGCUACGGCUGGGUAUGUGCUGUACAUGCGCUACGCAACGUCACGCUCGUCCCUCAAGAUCUCUAAAUUCGGCAUGGCUUUUUACAACAACCUCAUCUCGCUGCCAAUGCUUUUACCGCCACUUGUGCUCAAUGGUGAGGCCUUUACGGUCUGGAGCAACCCCUUGCUGGGCAACUGGAACUUCUCGAUGCUGCUCUUUAUCAGUGGCGUGCUCGGAGUCGGACUCAACCUUGCGUCGUUCUGGUGUGUCUCGGUCACGUCUGCUACGACGUACGCGACUGUGGGUGGUCUCAACAAAAUCCCGACAACGUUCAUUGGUGUGCUGCUGCUCGGUGAGCCGCUGAGCACUGACACGGCUAUUUACGUCAUGUUCGGCAUGGUGGGUGGGAUUCUCUACGGCUAUGCCAAGUUUAAAGAGGGCGAAGCUGCCAAGAAGCUGAGGGUGUCGCAGGCCGCGCUGCACGAGACAGCGGUCGACUGCAAGGCGUAG